CCCCGCCUCUUUCACAUGAACGCGCUCGUGGCUUGAGAACACAAACCCAGAGUUGACUGAACUACUGGAUGACCACCUAGUGAUUUGACAGCCAGUGUCAGGGUUAGUGAAGCCAGAUAAAGACAAGAUAUCCUCCUGGGUAUGUGAAACUUGCUUCGCAGUACAAGCCUCAGACACUGAGCACCAUGUUCACAGAGGUGCUGGUUGCUCUGGUGAUUGGAGGACUGAUCUUCUUCCUGGUUCAGAGGAGCAGGACCCAGGUUCUUAAGACAGAAGAUGGCUGGUGGGGAGCUGGAGCACCCCCUGAAGGCGGGGAGGACGUCACCAUUCACCCCUUUAAAGUCUCCACCAGUGAUGAAGAGCUGGAGGACCUGUACAUGAGGAUAGACCAGACUCGCCCUGUUCCUUCACUAGAGGACAGCCAGUUUCAUUAUGGCUUCAACUCCCAGUACCUGCAGAAGGUGGUCUCUUACUGGAGAAAUGACUUUGACUGGAGGAGACAAGUUGACAAACUCAACCAGUACCCCCACUUCAAAACCAACAUUGAAGGCAUUGAUGUCCAUUACCUGCAUGUGAAGCCCAAGAAGGUGCCGGAGGGAGCUACUGCUAUUCCUCUGAUAAUGGUUCACGGCUGGCCUGGCUCCUUCUAUGAGUUCUACAGAUUAAUCCCUCUGCUAACAGAACCAUCAAACCCACACGACCUUGUGUUUGAGGUGGUGUGUCCCUCCAUACCAGGGUACGGGUUUUCAGAGGCCCCGCACAAGAAAGGUUUUGAUUCAGUUUGUGCGGCACACAUCUUCCACAAACUGAUGAAGCGUCUGGGCUUCCAGCAGUUCUACGCUCAUGGAGGAGACUGGGGCUGGCUGGUCACCACCAACAUGGCUCAGCUGGAGCCCAAGACAGUCAAGGGCCUGCAUGUGAACUUUGCCCCGCCCUCCAAGCCGGGGCUGACCAUGGUUUUAUCCAUCAUGCUCGGCCGUCGCUUCCCGAAGCUGUUCGGCUUCACUGACAUGGAUAUUCAGCAUCUCUACCCCGCCAUGGAGAGACAGGUGGUGGAGCCCAUCAAGGAAUCUGGCUACAUGCACAUCCAGGCCACCAAGCCUGACACCGUGGGUCGAGGACUGAAUGACUCCCCAGUGGGUAUGGCUGCCUACAUUUUGGAGAAGUUCUCCACGUGGACGAGCCGCGACUUCAGGAACCUGGAGGAUGGAGGACUCACCAGGAAGUUCUCGCUGGAUGACCUGCUGACUAAUGUGAUGAUCUAUUGGACGUCUGGCUGCAUCAUCUCCUCCAUGAGGUUCUACAAGGAAAACUUUGGCAAAGGCCUCAACCAGCCUCACGCUAAGAUACCUGUGUACGUCCCCACUGGGUUUGCCUGCUUCCCCAAUGAGCUGAUGCACACUCCCCAACUAUGGGUCAAACAGAAAUACCGUAAACUUGUGACCUUCACGGCCAUGCCCCGUGGUGGCCAUUUUGCUGCCAUGGAGGAGCCCCAGCUGAUGGCCGAGGACAUCCAGAACUUCACUAAGACAGUGGAGAAGAAGAUGAAAUAGGAAGGGGGGGGCAGACUUAUGAACAGGUUAAUGACCUAAAAGUGCUGAAUGAAGGUAUUGAUAAGCAGUAAGUAGACAUGUAUGUUGAUAACAUAGCUCUAUAAAGUGAAAUUCUUAAUCGCAAGUCUUUGUGACUGAGCCAGUCUCACUCUACUUUGAAAGUUGAACAGUAAAAGAAGCAAAGCAGAAAGAGCGAAAAGUGAAUUGAUGGGAUUUGUUGACUUGUGUGUUUUAGUGAGAACAGCUGGGUUGUACAGCAAUCAAAGAAGGUGGUUGUAUGUGAAAAUAAGCAAAGAAAUUGAGCAGUUGUAAAAUACCCAGCUAAUAAUGAAGCUACUUCCCGUAUAGUUCUUUCUCUUUUUAACUCUUAAGCAAUACACGUUUUUUUACAUAAAGGACACAUGUUUACAGCUUGUCAACCAGGAGCCAGAAAUCAGUACCAUACAUUGACAGACCUCCUGCCUUCCUCACAACUUCCUCCAGCCUUUAACAGUUUACUACGCAGCUGCAGAUGGGAGGUCAGGGGGCGCUUGUUGUUAUUGUGUUGACAGCCUGGACAAGGUGCCAGACAUUCCUCCAACUGAUAACACAAAGCCUCAAACACGAAGCUGUAUUAUCGCCUUAAACCCCUGAGUUGUUUGAUUUUAUUGUAAUUUUUCCUUUCAAAUCUAUUCAUAACUCAUGUUAGCAGUUUAAAAUCUUUGUUGAAGUCAGAUGUCUUUAAAGCAGGGGUUCAUACCAGGGCCCCCCUGUCAGCUUUAGCUUAUGGCUGGGGCCCCAUUUUGCAAGCUGUCUUUAAAAUCAACCCUCUGGAUGUAUUUUUGUACUUUACUGCAUAAUUCAUAAAUACUACUACAACUACUAAUAAUAGUAGCAUGAAACAACAGCAAUAGUAAUAAUAAUAAUGUCACUAAAAUAAAUUGCAGCUGAGCUUCUGUAAGCUUAGCUGGUGGUCUUUUCCUUUUCUAAAAUGUGUGUUGUGAGUUAGCACCAGGUAGCUAGAUGCUAGCAAGCAAGCUAGCCAGCUAAAUGUCAGGAGCAGAGCAGCUUUGCAGCAGGCGCUGACAGUUAACAGUCAACAUUGACAGCUUAUGAAAUGAUGAUAGAUGUUUAACUGGCAGCCAAAUACAGUGGAAAGAUGGGUAUGGCAAGUAGGAUUCUCACUGAUUGACCUUGAUUUGCUAGUUUUAAGCACGACAAUUUAUGACUACAGAGACUAGAAGCAGAGGUUUUGUUGACCAAGAAGCAGUGAAGAAAAUGUGGCUGUGGGACACAUUCGCAACAAGAGAGAGUAUCAUUUCAUAACUCAGACAGCCUACUUUCAAUCAGUCAGAUAGGAAUAUUCAGGUGGAUCAUGGUGAUGAUGACAAGGAGGAUGUAAUAGAGGGUAAAGAUGGCACACAGACAGAGAGAGGGACAGUGUAGAGACAGAGAGGGUGGACAGCUCAGCCCCUUCAGCCGUGGUGCGACAGACAGGGAGGUAACUCCAGAGAAGCAAAGGACAAAAAAUGUCUUUCCAGUUUGUUUCGUGUUGUGAAUAGUUGCUACAAAUAGAAGAAUAAAACGCGUCAGACUCAGGUGAGCAAAGGCCUCAACAAUUCUGAAAAUCAGGAGUUAAAAUGUGAUAGGUGCUCUUCGUGUUGAUCUUGAAAAGACUGAAUAAAUCUGUAAUGCUGUGAGACAAGUUUUUUCUGAAUUAAAUGAUGAAAAAUAUUGAGUUAUAUUUAGAACAAUGAAAAGGUGUUUUCAUGAUAUGGGCAUCAGAAUGUAUAUCACAAUAAAAUGCCAGUCAGAUCAUUUCCUUUUAAAGCUAUGCAGUUUAAAUGAAUUGCAGUGUAUGCGACCAUUCCAGGGUGACCUGUUGUAUCUCAGAUUGUGACACAAUGUGCUGUCUUUGACCAAAUAAAAUUGACUCUUGAGUAGUUCAUUGUCCU